UGGAUCUAAGUGGUCGUCCUUUAGUUUUGUUCGUAAACAUGGUACAGAUAACGUCCAUUCUUCUAUAAAAUAGUUAUUUUAAGAUGUGGUGCAGAAUAUUUAUUUCCUCAGUGUGUUUUCUUUGUUUAGCCGUGUCAUCUGAUCAGAGAUCCACACCGGAGGAUGACAGCUACGUCGGAGCCGUGGUGGAAUUCGAGGUCUCUGCCGACGUCGUUCAGAACCUCGCCGGAUAUGUGCAGCUCAUCGCACAGGCGGCAGACCAGAAUGCGGACAUCAUAGUGUUUCCAGAGAUGACACUAACCAGAGGCGAACGCAAGGUGGACGUGCCCAUAUAUGACCUGCUUAAACAACAGCCUAUACCGGCUCUGCAACCUACAAGUUACGAUGAGAUUUUGGUCACCAUAUCGGCAGCAGCCAGACAGCACCAGAUCUACGUGCUGAUCAACGUGCAGGAGGUCAUGAACUGCACCAGCAUCCCGGAAGACUCAGAGGAGUACUGCCCGGAGAAGAAAGAGUAUCUCUUUAAUACCAAUGUCAUUUUUGACAGAACUGGUGCUGUUAUUGACAGGUAUCGCAAGAUAAACCUUUUCGGCGAGUUCACCCGCACCCCAGCUCUGCACCCGGACCUGGGCAUCUUCAGCACCGACUUCGGCGUAACCUUCGGCCACUACAUCUGCUUCGACCUCAUGUUCCAGGUGCCCGCCAUCCAGGUGGUCGAGAAGUACAAGAUCACCGACGUUCUGUUCUCCACUAUGUGGUUCUCGGAGAUGCCGUAUUUGACUGCGGUGCAAAUCCAAGAAGCCUACGCUUAUGCCCAGAAUGUGAACUUCCUCGGAGCAGGAGCGAACAACGUGCGAGUUGGAAGUGCUGGAUCGGGGAUCUAUUCCGGAAAAGCCGGUGCCUUGGUCAGCAUCAUGCCUGGUCUCCCUACUACCCGUCUUCUAGUCUCGAGGGUGCCCAAGGUACCUGGUAAUGUCACCGGCAUGACCUUCCCCGGCCCGAUCUACGACCCCCCGACCGACCACGACAGUCUGGUGCUGAUCACCGACCCGUCGCUGGCCGACCACGCCAGCCGCCUGCUGGUCCCCGGCUUCCAGGAGUUCACGCUGGUCGACAAGGAAGUCAGCUGCACGUUCAGGGUCAGGCUGACUCCGAGGGCUGGUGACGGGAGCCAUUUGUACCGCGCGUUCGUGCAGGACGGCAGCAACACGUACACUCGGCGGCAGCUCGGCGUGGCCAGCUGUCUACUGGUGGCUUGCCGGGAUGAGGACCCUAAAAUAUGUGCCUACAGAUUCAACAAAAAUGAAACAGAUGUUGAAAUAACAGAACUACAAAUAGAUAUGUCGACGAUACGCAAGCAAUACAACAAGACACUGCAAUGCAACAACGUCGUGUAUUUCCCAUCGUCUUUCAGAAUCAACAAGUUUCCUUUAAGCUCUUCAAAUUUCACUUACAUAGACUCGACAGAUGAUGAAAACGAGGUCCAACCAGACAAGAAAACUGGACGGGAAAAGAUUACGUAUAAAAUAAAUACACCUCAGAAGGAAUUGAUGUCGUUUGGGAUCUGGGGAAGGGUUUAUGUGAAGGAUGUGGAUCAUAGUACUGAAGUUAACGAUGAGGAUGUACAAAAUUAUCUCAAGAUUGAAGAUGUGAUAUAUGGAACCGAUAGAGUUAAAGAUUAACCGC